AUGGCGGAGCGGGCGAUCACCAGGCGCGCUGGUGGCAUCGGGGCCAUCCUCGGCACCGGUGAUCGGGACUUCCUCGUCCGCAGCUCCGGCGAGCAGGUGAAGAUUUGCAGCAUCGAGGCAAACACCGUGGCCCUCUACUUCUCUGCCUCAUGGUGCGCACCGUGUAGGCUCUUCACACCCAAGCUCGUUGAAACAUACCAAGAACUGCUGGAGCUGAAGCAGCAGGGCAUGAGUAGUCUCGAGGUCGUCUUUGUUUCGCGCGACAGGGACGAGGAGUCAUUCGACGCAUACUUCGCAAAGAUGCCAUGGCUGGCGGUCCCGUUCUCCGACUCCGAAUGCGUCAAGCGUCUCAUGAGCCGGUACAAGGUGAACGGCAUUCCGAACCUCGUCAUCCUCGGCGCAGAAACAGGCGAAAUCUACACGAAAGAGGGCGUCAAAUUCAUCAGCGAGUACGGUGCAGGGACCUUCCCGUUCACGCCGGAGAGGGUCAGUGAGCUGAAGGAGCAGGAGAAGGCAGACAAGGAUAGCCAAACGAUCCACAGCAUUCUUGGCACGCCCACUCGAGACUACCUGAUCUCGAGCAGAGGCGACAGGGUGCCCAUUUCUGAGCUCGAGGGGAAGCACGUUGCCCUGUACUUCAUGGCGAGGCCGAUGGGUGAGUUCACCGCGAAGCUCGCUGAGGUCUACGAGAAACUGAGCCAAGCAGGGGAGAAAUUCGAGGUUGUGGCUGUCUACUUCAGAUGCGACGAGUCGGUGUUUCAGGAGAGCUUUGCAAGCAUGCCUUGGCUUGCGAUUCCUCGUGGCGACAGCAUGUGCGAGAAGCUGGUCAGGUACUUUGACCUCAGGGCGCUUCCCACGCUUGUCCUUGUUGGGCCUGACGGCAAAACGCUGAACAACAAAAUCGCGGAUGUGGUUGAAGAGCAUGGAGUGGACGCAUGGGAAGGGUUCCCCUUCAGUGGUGAGAAGAUGGAAGUUUUGAUCGGUAGGUCCAAGGCCAAAGCAGCCACGCAGACCUUGGAGUCUCUUCUCGUCAGUGGUGAUUUGGACUAUGUUGUCGGAAAAGAUGGAGCAAAGGUUCCUGUGUCAGAUCUCGUCGGCACGACCGUCAUCCUCUACUUCUCAGCGAAAUGGUGCGCGCCAUGCCGAGCUUUCCUGCCUACGCUGGUCAAGGAGUACGGCAAGAUCAAGGAGAGAAGCGGCGGCGACUUCGAGAUCAUCUUCGUCUCCGUCGACAAGGACCAGAGCGCCUACGACGAGUACUUCUCUGCCAUGCCAUGGCUCGCUCUUCCCUGGGAGGACGAACGGAAGCAGCCACUGAUGAAGAAGUUCAGAAUCCGCGGGAUCCCUUCGCUCGUCGCUGUCGGCCCUUCCGGCGUGACGCUCACCACGGACGCCAAGUCCCACAUCGUGGCGCACGGCGCCGACGCGUUCCCGUUCACCGAGCAGGUGCUCGAGGAGCUGGGGAGGAAGCUGGACGAGGAGGCCAGGGCGUGGCCCGGGAAGGUGAGGCACGAGCUGCAUGAGUUGCACGAGCUUGUCCUCACGCGGCGUGACGCUGCCGUCACCUACAACUGCGACGAGUGCGAAGGGUUGGGCAGCUCGUGGUCAUACAGGUGCGACCGGUGCGACUUCGAUCUUCACCCUAAGUGCGCGCUCGAGAAGGAGGAGGAGGAAGGCAAGGCGGGUAUGCAGCAACUCCCGGCGGCUGCGUAUGUGUGCGAGGGAGGUGUGUGCAGAAAGGCCUAG